UAAUGAAUUUUAUCAUGGCGUGCCCGUGGCAGGGGGCUAUUGCUCUCUGCCGAACCUUUAUGUUUCCCUUUACAGCAUCUCAAGCCCACCUGUAACAACUUUAAAAAAGUGAUUGGAGACAUUGUUUGUUAUGUUACCGGGCUGAGCGCAGUUUUUCUGAGACGUUUGGUACAUUUUUUAACUAGAGGGAUUGUCAGAGAAAAGCUCUUGCCAUGUCUCUACUUUGUGUAAGAGUAAAGAAAGCCAAGCUACAUGGAUCACGAGACAAGUUCAAUUCAUAUGUGACUCUGAAGGUACAGAAUGUCAAGAGCACCACCAUCACCGUGCGAGGGGACCAGCCAUGCUGGGAGCAGGACUUCAUGUUUGAGAUCAACCGUCUGGACCUGGGGCUCAUUGUGGAGGUGUGGAACAAAGGCCUUAUCUGGGACACCAUGCUGGGGACUGCCUGGAUCCCCCUCAAGAGCAUCCGCCAGUCAGAGGAGGAGGGCUCAGGGGAGUGGACCUUCCUGGACGCUGAGGUUCUGAUGAAGGCUGAUGAGAUUUACGGCACCAAGAACCCAACUCCCCACCGGGUUCUGCUAGACACGCGCUUUGAGCUGCCUUUCGACAUCCCAGACGAUGAGGCACAGUACUGGACCGGCAAGCUGGAUCGCAUCAACACUAUGAGGAUCCAUGAUGAGUACCCUCUGCAGGAUGAGGUCCAAAGACGCCCCAUGCCGCUUGCUGCCUCCCAAUGUUCCCUGGAUGACCAUGACAGCGCGGUGGACGACCGGGACAGUGACUACCGUAGUGAGACCAGCAACAGCUUGCCCCCUCGCUACCACACCACGAACCAGCCCAACUCCUCCAUGCACCAGUACCCCAUGGGCCCCCGGCUCCAGAACCACCUGGACUCCUGCACAGACUCCAUCCACAGCUUUGACAUGGACUACAGAGACCACCGUGGUAGCAGUCCGGUGGAAAGUAGUCGCUUUGGGUCCUCUGGAAACCUGAGCCAGACCAGCUCCCAGCUUAGUGAGACAGGCCAGGAGAGUGCUCCAGGCUCAGGGCUGGAAGAGUCCUUCCACUCUUACCACAGUACUACCUUCUGCCCCUCUACCGCUGGCCAGCAACCCACCAACGGACACCUCCCCAGCAAUGGACACUCUGUUUUGGGGCAGGAGGAAUUGUGCAGACCCUCCCUGGAUGUGGGGAAGAGCUUAAAUGGCUCUAUGAAGAGAUUGGACCACUCAGUUGAGAAAAUAUCCAAUAAAAUGCUGCAAAGUUUCCACGACAAUGGGCCUCCUUUGCCCUUCUCUCCAUCCAGAAUACGCUGGUUGAAGGCCAUCAACAAAGUGAGGGUACAGCUGCAGGAGGGACGAGAUGAUGGACCCAACUCCAGACAAGCUUGGAUCAAACCAGGCGGUGGAAGUGGUUUGUUUGGGAUUGACAGCAUGCCAGACCUUCGUAAGAGGAAGCCUAUACCUCUGGUCAGCGAUGUGUCACUGGUCCAGGCUAGAAAGGCUGGAAUCACCUCUUCCAUGGCCGCGCGCUCCUCCGUCAAAGACGAGGAGCUGAAGAACCACGUUUAUAAGAAGACUCUUCAGGCUCUGAUCUACCCCAUCUCCUGCACCACGCCCCAUAACUUUGAGGUGUGGACGGCCACCACGCCCACCUACUGCUACGAGUGUGAGGGGCUGCUGUGGGGCAUUGCCCGCCAGGGCAUGAGGUGCUCCGAGUGCGGGGUUAAGUGUCACGAGAAGUGCCAGGAACUGCUGAAUGCUGACUGCCUGCAGCGUGCUGCGGAGAAGAGCUCCAAGCAUGGGGCUGAGGAUCGUACCCAGAACAUCAUCAUGGCCAUGAAGGACCGCAUGAAGAUCAGGGAGAGGAACAAGCCGGAGAUCUUUGACGUGAUCCGGGAUGUCUUUGUCGUCAGCAAGGCGAUCCACGCUCAACAGAUGAAGACCAUCAAACAGAGUGUACUGGACGGAACCUCCAAGUGGUCGGCCAAGAUCACCAUCACAGUGCUGUGUGCCCAGGGACUGCAGGCCAAAGAUAAGACGGGUUCCAGCGACCCCUACGUCACUGUCCAGGUGGGCAAGACCAAGAAGAGGACCAAAACCAUCUACGGCAACCUCAACCCUGUCUGGGAGGAGAAGUUCCACUUCGAGUGUCAUAACUCGUCGGACCGCAUCAAGGUGCGUGUGUGGGACGAGGACGAUGACAUCAAGUCCCGGGUGAAGCAGCGUCUGAAGAGAGAGUCCGACGACUUCCUGGGUCAGAGCAUCAUCGAGGUCCGCACGCUCAGCGGAGAGAUGGACGUCUGGUAUAACCUGGAGAAGAGGACCGACAAGUCGGCCGUGUCCGGCGCUAUUCGUCUCCACAUAAGUGUGGAGAUCAAGGGAGAGGAGAAAGUGGCUCCCUAUCACGUCCAGUACACCUGUCUACACGAGAACCUCUUCCACCACUCAACGGACGUUCUGGGCCAGGGGGUGGUGAGGAUCCCAGAUGCCAAAGGAGACGAUGCCUGGAAGGUGUACUUUGACGAGGUGGCCCAGGAGAUAGUGGACGAGUUUGCCAUGCGAUACGGGAUCGAGUCAAUCUACCAGGCAAUGACGCACUUCGCCUGCCUGUCCUCUAAGUACAUGUGUCCUGGCGUUCCGGCAGUGAUGAGCACCCUGCUGGCCAACAUCAAUGCCUUCUACGCCCACACCACUGCCUCCACCAACGUCUCCGCCUCUGACCGCUUCGCCGCCUCCAACUUCGGGAAAGAGCGCUUUGUCAAGCUAUUGGAUCAACUCCACAACUCCUUGCGCAUUGACCUCUCCACAUAUAGGAACAACUUUCCUGCCAGCAGUAAGGAUCGUCUCCAGGACCUGAAGUCCACUGUGGACCUACUGACCAGCAUCACCUUCUUCAGGAUGAAGGUCCAGGAACUGCAGAGUCCCCCUAGAGCCAGUCAGGUGGUGAGGGACUGUGUUAAGGCCUGCCUCAACUCCACCUACGACUACAUCUUCAACAACUGCCAGGAGCUGUACAGCCGCCAGUACCAGCUGCUGGACACAAACAAAGAGGAUCUUCCCCUGGAGGAGCAAGGCCCCAGCAUCAAGAACCUGGACUUCUGGCCCAAACUGAUCACCCUUAUAGUCUCCAUCAUAGAGGAGGACAGGAACUCCUACACACCUGUGCUCAACCAGUUCCCUCAGGAGCUGAAUGUGGGGAAGGUGUGUGCUGAAGUCAUGUGGGCGCUGUUCUCCCAGGACAUGAAGUAUGCCAUGGAGGAGCAUGAAAAGCACCGGCUGUGUAAGAGUGCCGACUACAUGAACCUGCAUUUCAAGGUCAAGUGGCUGUACAAUGAGUAUGUGAAGGACCUGCCAAACUUCAAAGGGGUUGUACCCGACUACCCAUCGUGGUUCUUACAGUUUGUGCUGCAGUGGCUGGAUGAGAAUGAAAGCGUUUCCAUGGAGUUCAUGCAUGGAGCUCUGGAGAGAGACAAGAAAGAUGGAUUCCAGCAGACAUCUGAGCAUGCUCUCUUCUCUUGCUCGGUGGUGGAUGUCUUCACCCAGCUCAACCAGAGCUUUGAGAUCAUCAAGAAACUGGACUGUCCUGACCCAAAGGUCAUGGCCCACUACAGCCGACGAUUUGCCAAGACUAUUGCCAAAGUUCUUCUGCAGUACAGUGCCAUUCUGACCAAGAGCUUCCCCUCCUACUCUGACAAAGAGAAGAUUCCCUGUGUACUGAUGAACAAUGUGCAGCAGUUGCGUAUCCAGCUGGAGAAGAUGUUUGAGUCCAUGGGUGCCAAACAGCUGGACACAGAAGCCAGUGACCUCCUGAAUGAGCUUCAGGUCAAGCUGAACAAUGUGCUGGAUGAGCUGAGUACCACGUUUGGAAACAGUUUCCAGGUCUGUAUUGAUGACUGUAUGAGACAGAUGGCCUCUCUGCUGUACCAGAUCAAGGGCCCAGUCAACGCCAACAGCCGCAACAUGGUGGAGGCCGACUCGGACAAUGUGCUACGGCCACUUAUGGACUUCCUGGAUUCAAAGUUAACGCUGUUUGCCACAGCGUGUGAGAAGACUGUUCUAAAGCGGGUUCUGAAAGAGCUGUGGAGGAUUGUGAUGAGCAGCCUGGAGAAGACCAUCGUCCUUCCCCAAGGAAACGACACCUUCGUAAGGCCUAACACCCCCCUAACAUUUACCUUCAAACCUGGCCCUUUUCCUCACGAGACUCUACUCCAAACACACCGUCACCUAAUUGUGUAUUCCUCUCCUCAGGGGGCUCAGAUCCUGUCUGCAGCCAAGGAACUGGGGCAGCUCUCCAAGCUUAAAGAUCACAUGGCAGGAGAGGCCAAAAGCCUGACACCUAAACAGUGUGCUGUCAUGGAUAUAGCACUGGACACAAUCAAACAAUACUUCCAUGCAGGAGGGAAUGGUCUGAAGAAGGCGUUCCUGGAGAAGAGUCCUGAGUUGACCUCACUACGCCACGCUCUGUCCCUUUACACACAGACCACAGACACGCUCAUCAAGACCUUUGUCACAACACAACACACACAAGGGUCAGGAGUGGACAAGCCGGUGGGGGAGAUAUCCAUUCAGAUCGACCUAUUCACCCACCCUGGUACUGGGGAGCACAAAGUCACUGUCAAAGUGGUGGGAGCCAAUGAUCUGAAGUGGCAGACGUCUGGGAUGUUCCGGCCCUUUGUGGAGAUCACCAUGAUUGGACCCCACCUCAGUGACAAGAAGCGCAAGUUCCAAUCCAAGUCCAAGAACAACAGCUGGGCGCCCAAGUUCAACGAGACCUUCCACUUUAUCCUAGGUAAUGAGGAUGGCUUUGAGUGCUACGAGCUGCAGAUGUGUGUGAAGGACUACUGUUUUGGCCGUGCCGAUCGGGUGGUGGGCAUGGCUGUGAUGCAGCUGCGGGAUGUGGCAGAGAAGGGCAGUGUGGCGUGCUGGUGCCCCCUGGGUCAGCGGGUCACCAUGGACGAGACCGGCCUCACCGCCAUGCGCAUCCUCUCCCAGCGCUCCAACGACGAGGUGGCCAAGGAGUUCGUCAAGCUCAAGUCUGAGUUACGCUCUGAGGAGGAGGGCAGAUGAGGUCUCCCUGAAGAAGGGGUGUGAAGGGCCUCUAGUAAAGUGGGAAGUAAUAGGAGCACAUUGACUACUACUACUUUGGACUAAUAAUGUCCCCUGGCUGCUACUGGCUGUUUGAUGGACACUGGUUCACCAUCACACUGUCACUCACUGUGUUUUCUCAGACUCCACCUUUUGUGUCCCUCACUCACCAUCUCCUACACAUACGUAGUUAGUUUUUCUCUCACUCAAUGGUUAUUAGGCACAAUCUCACACGAUAUUGUACUUAUGUUGGUUCGCCAGUCUGGCACUAUGGACAUGCCAUGGGCGCUAUAUGCCAAUCAAUUCCUGCCAGCCUGUAUGUACUUCAGUACAGGGUCUCCCCCUCACCCCACAAUCCCCCUCAGUGUUCAUGUGCAAUAACCCCCAACUGUGGCCAUAUGUUUGAUGCCUUACACUUUAGAAGCUGUGAAUGUGUGAAGUUCAGACACAAAACUGUAACUGUAGUAGAAAGCUGUUUAUCUUCCUCAAUCUCUCUUUAGUGUUCUUCGGGAUCCAUGUUCAUCUCAUUGACGCUACUAUUAGGGUCCAAAUGCAGGAUGUCAUUGUUGGUGUUUUGUUUGAAGUAGAUUCACCUGGUUUCUAUCGUUUGGACUUCUACCGCAUGUCAAGUAUGCUACUCCUAAAUAUAGUGUACAAAUCCACCGUUUUUCCCUGUAGAGAAGUGGUGGGGGGGUUUUUGUAUUAAAAUUAGUGCCGUGUGGUGGUUCUGAAGUGAGUUUUAUGUUUGUCUCCCCCCUAUUUUUUGACAUGAGGUACUGUAACGGCAACAGCACUCAAUGUAAAGGGUUUGUAAGUUGUGUGCCUUGUCAAGUAUUGGGCUUCUAUUCAUAACCCAUUAGUCCCAUACAGUGUUAACAAUGCACUUUGAAUAAGAAUUACUGUAAUACUUUUUAGUCUAAAUUGUCAAAUGUUCUUAACACAAGGGCUGCCUUCUAUCCAGAGAAACUUCAUUUUAAGGAUAGAGUGGUGAGCACUUUUUAAUAUGGACUAUUGCUUCUUACAUCAAAAACAGCAAUGGUGUAUGUAGGGCCCUGUCUUGAACUUAGUAAUCACGGCUAAAUAACCAACCCUCAAUGGCAGCCAUUUUGUUUAUAGUUUUUAUGUAUUUAUUCCAUAUGUAUACUCUGGUCUACUUUGCAAACAGAGGGCUGCUAGAUGGAGUUUGAGUAUAGUUUCAAAGUGGUUUUGAAUAGCUUUUUACUGCAGUUUUCUAGCAGGACCCUACAGAUACUAACUGGACCUAGAGGGUAUUUUGGGACCAGAGGAGUUUAAAUGAUUUUGAUCUCAGAUGAGGGAAAGGCUAGCCUCGUAUGGUUCGUAACGAGGCUCGGAAAAGGCAGUCCAAGCUCUGUUUGCAAAUAUUUUUCAGCUAUGUUUCCUUGUAUCUCUGAGUGGCCUUACAUUGGUGAUAAUAUAUUUCUAUAUACAUGUUUUUACCCCCCAUUUUCUGUAUUUAUUUUGUCUCACAACGAUAGAGGGUUGGUCAAUUUGACCUAAAUCAACCGUAUCAGACUGAUAUUGUCAAUGUGAUUUUCCUUAUUGCUGUUACUUUAUUUUGGUUUUUAAUUGUAUUGGAGGAUUUAUAUUUGUUUAGAUGUAUUCAUUUUCUUAGAUAUAGUAUUUAUAUUUUUGUUAUUUUCCAUUUUGAUCCCUCUUAAAUGUUGGAGUGAUGUUCAGUACGGUAUCAUGAGUUUAUUGGAUCUACAGUAUACAGUAAGGGGUAAUGCAUGCCUGUCAUAUCCCUGAUAGAAACGAGGAGAAUUUUUUUGCUAUUUGUCAAGUAACACUGCCGUUGUCCAUACAAUAAUAGUCAGUUUGAUGUUCACACAAAGAAAACUGCAACAUCACACACUGUUAAAGCUAUAUAUGGGCUUUAUAUGCAGUAUCUACAGUACCAAUGUGAAUACAUCUUUUUGGCUGUUGAUUUAGGGGAAAAUGUCUAAUUCUAAGGAGGGCAUUGCCACUAACAUACAUGUUCCUUGUGCCAAGCUGUGCAAGUGUUCACUUUCUAUUGUUUAAUUUACAUUUUUUUUAAUACAUUUUUUUAAAUCUUGUGAAGCAUUGCACUAUAAUUAAAUCACUACAAUAGUUAGCACGUGUUGUAUGUCCGAGUAACUGGACUUUUGUGAAGUUUCAUUUGUAUUUUGCAACUGGAAAAAUCAUGGUAUUGAUCAAUAAAAUGUGUACAUUACAAUUUAUUAAUUUUGUAUAAAGUAUUUAAGAAAUAGCUA